AGUGGCGAGCCGAGUCUCCGGGAUUUUACCCAUCAUGCACCUCUGUCCAGUGUGACCUGUCUCUGGCCUUGACGUCUGCAAAUCUGCAACCCGCAACCCGAAACUUCUCCUCCUCCAGCGGACUAAAGUGUCCCGGUUCUGGCGUUAAACCCGAGUCGCUUGCGGAACCUCAACCCGGAGAACCCGGAGAACCAUGCUGAAAUGUAGGAGUGUGUGGAACAAGCUGGCGCCCCUCGGGAGGUCGUCAGCGGCGGCGGCGUGCCGGCGACCUGCGGCGGGCAGGACGGGUCUGCAGCAGGGGGGCGGGGCCUGUGGGGUCCCGGCGGCGGCCAUGUCUACGGGCGGAGCAGGGGGGGCCGGCGGGGGCGGCGGGCAGAACAUGAUGUACUUCCUGCUGGUGGGAGCCACUGCCAUCGGGGGCGGAGUCUAUACGUACCGGACAGUGCGAGGGGACAGAGAGCGAUACGACGAGCGCAUCACAGAGAUCACCUCCAGACCAACCAAGUCGCAGCAGACGUCGUACAUCCAGAGCCCAGAGCCCGAUUCAGUAGCUGCAGCACCAGAGACGGAGGCCCUCGCACCGGCCCCCCAGGAGGAGAGCCCAGCCCCGGUAGAGGAGACCCCGGCCCCGAUAGAGGAGACCCCAGCCCCAGUAGAGGAGACCCCGGCAGUAGAGGAGACCCCAGUAGUAGAGGAGACCCCAGUAGUAGAGGAGACCCCCGCGGAGGAGCCGUCCGCCCCCAGCUCCAGUGAAGACAGCCCAGGUAAAAGUGGACCGGAACCAGCUGGAGAACCUGCUGCUCUAGAACCUGAUGUAGUAGAACCUGCUGCUUCUCUAGAACCCGCUGCUGCAGAACCUGCCGCUGCUCUAGAACCUGCUGCCGCUGCUCUAGAACCUGCUGCCGCUGCUCUAGAACCUGCCGCAGUAGAAGCAGAAGCUGUAGAACCAGAAGCUGUUGAACCAGCAGCUGUAGAAUCUGUUGCAGUAGAACCUGCCGCAGUAGAACCUGCCGCAGUAGAACCUGCAGCUGCGGUAGAACCUGCCGCGGUAGAACCUGCUGCAGUAGAAGUAGCAGCUGUAGAAGCUGUUGCAGUAGAAGCUGUUGCAGUAGAAGUAGCAGCUGUAGAACCUGCUGCUGUAGAACCUGCUGCUGUAGAACCUGCUGCUGUAGAAGCUGCUGCUGUAGAACCAGUUGCAGUAGAAGCAGCCGCUGUCGGAGCGGACCCCAUCGCCCCAGCAGAGAGUGCGGAACCCGCAGCCAGCCUACCUGUGGUGCCAGGCCACGCCCCCUACCUUCUGAUUGGAGGGGGCACCGCGUCUUUUGCCGCCGCCCGCUCCAUCCGCGCCCGCGACCCUGGUGCCAAGGUGCUGAUCGUGACGGACGAGCCGGACCUGCCCUACAUGAGGCCCCCGCUCUCCAAAGAGCUGUGGUUCUCUGACGACCCCACGGUCACCGACACGCUGCGCUUCAAACAGUGGAACGGGAAGGAGAGGAGCAUCUACUUCCAGCCGCCGUCGUUCUACAUCAGCCCUGAGGAGCUGGCCGUGGCCCCCAACGGAGGCGUGGCCGUGCUCACGGGCAGGAAGGUGGUGCACAUGGACGUGAGGGGGAACAAAGUGCAGCUGGACGAUAACACGGAGAUUUCCUACGAUAAGUGUCUAAUCGCUACAGGCGGAGUCCCCAGGAACAUGCAGGUGAUAGAGCGGGCCGGGGAGGAGGUGAUGAACCGGACCACUCUGUUCCGCAAGGUGGAGGACUUCAAGGUGCUGGACAUGGUCUCCAGGAGUGUGAAGUCCAUCACCAUCGUGGGCGGAGGCUUCCUGGGCAGUGAGCUGGCCUGCGCCCUGGGCAGGAGAUCUGCUGACUCAGACCUGGAGGUGGUGCAGAUCUUCCCGGAGAAGGGGAACAUGGGGAAGGUCCUCCCGGAGUACCUCAGCAACUGGACCACUGAGAAGGUCAAGAAAGAGGGGGUGAAGGUGAUGCCCGAGGCCCUGGUGAAGUCCGUCAGCUUCAAGGACGAGCAGGUCCACAUCCACCUGAAGGACGGCCGCGUGGUGAUCACGGACCACCUGGUGGCGGCGGUGGGUCUGGAGCCCAGCGUGGACCUGGCCAAGUCGGCCGGUCUGGAGGUGGACGCCGACUUCGGGGGGUACCGGGUCAACGCGGAGCUGCAGGCGCGCUCCAACAUCUGGGUGGCCGGCGAUGCAGCCUGCUUCUACGACAUCCGGCUGGGCCGCCGGCGGGUGGAGCACCACGACCACGCGGUGGUUAGCGGCCGGCUGGCCGGGGAGAACAUGACCGGGGCCAACAAGCCGUACUGGCACCAGUCCAUGUUCUGGAGUGACCUGGGCCCGGAUGUGGGCUACGAGGCCAUCGGCAUCGUGGACAGCAGCCUCCCCACCGUGGGGGUCUUCGCCAAGGCGACCGCCAAGGACACACCCCGCGCCGCCACCGAGAAGUCCGGGACGGGGAUCCGGUCGGAGAGUGAGACGGAGGAGGUGGCCCAGAGCCCCGUGGCCUCCACGACGCCCGCCCCGCCAAGCCUGCCCCAGAAGGACGACUACGGCAAGGGGGUGAUCUUCUACCUGCGGGACAAGGUGGUGGUCGGGAUCAUCCUGUGGAACGUCUUCAACAGGAUGCCCAUCGCACGCAAGAUCAUCAAAGACGGGGAGGAACACGCAGAUCUGAACGAAGUGGCCAAACUCUUCAACAUCCACGAGGAUUAGAGUGUGUGUGUGUGUGUGCUAGGAGUGUGUGUGUGUUGAGCGCAGAGCUAAUGGCGUGUGAAGGCUGUCGCGGCCAAUAAUCGUUCGGAAGUGUGACGACCGCGCUGGGAGAACCCCACUGCUGAACCUCUGCACUGCAUCUCAUUUCCUGUCGUCACUGCAGCUCACUUCCUGUCCCUGGGAGAACGCACACGGGCGUGAUUCUGUAAUUAAGACGAGCGUUUGGCACUUUUCACGUUCUGAGUGUGUGUUUGAACAAUCAGUUUGAUCCGUCUCAUUAGGCCACGCCCACAAGGUGAAUGCAUCGUCCUCGUCGGGAAAAUGUGAUUCAAGUAUAAUUGUCUCUCUCUCUCUCGCUCCAUCUAUUGGUCUCUCUCCCUCUGUCUGUCUCCGUCUCCUCCCUGUCUCUCCGUCUCCUCCCCCAUCGCUCGAUCAAGGAUUGUAUCCUCAGUGUGUGUAAAGGAGUUGAAAAAAAGAAGAGAUGAAAUCUGCAAUAAAAAAAUAUUUUUAAAGUGAAA